GUAGCAGUGCCCCCUGUAAGAACAAUGGCUACUGUCGAGAAACUGGAUACAACAGUUACCAAUGUAUAUGCAUCACCCCAUGGGAUGGCCCCACAUGUGAAGUCAGAAUUAACCCCUGUGUGUUACCUCCUGACAUAGGGGAUUGUAACCAGACAGUACGGAGAUACUACUAUGACAGAUUUGAGGAGAUAUGUUUGCCUUUCAAUUUUACAGGUUGUGGAGGGAAUGCCAAUAACUUUUUAACCCUAUCAGCAUGUCAGGAUCUAGCCAUGAGAGGAGCAUGUUGUUACCGGAGGUUUAAAUCUACCCUACAAUCGGUCAUCAGUAGUGACCAGAAAGAGGACAAAAGAUGUGAAGUAUUAAAUUUAGGAGAAUGUAAAGGUGUCCAUAGGAAAACAUUUAGUGGUUAUACAACAGAAGUGAUAGGAUUCUUCCCUGGAUUGUCAUGUAAUGAUGCUGGAUGUACAGUGCCCCCUAGUGGUUGUUCCUAUGGUAACAGGGUAUAUAAACCAGGGGAGGUUAGACAGUCCUGUCAACAGAGAUGUACAUGUGAAGUAGACAAUCUAUGGAUAUGCAGCUGUGAAAGACCAUCAGUGAGAAAAGAAAUUCGUGACCUGACUUCAGAUGAACUGAUCGCCUUACAAGUGGCUAUUCAAAAGGUCAAACAAUCCGGCCCUGGGAAUGCUUGGGACAGGAUGCGAGACAUGUAUAUCCAUCAUGGCAUGUUCUCACAUGGGAGUGCCUUCUUUCUCCCAUGGCAUAGAUAUUACUUAAGAAAUUUAGAACAAAUUAUACAAGAAGUAGACUGUUCAGUAACUCUGCCAUAUUUUGACUUCACAACAGAUGUUGGUGAUUUUGCUAAUGCUAUAAUCUGGCAGCCAAACAUGUUUGGUGGAAACGGUGAAGGACGACAGGGCUGUGUUACUGACCAUCCCUUUGGUCAAUCAUGGAGACCUUGUAUACGUAGACGUUUCAAUCCAAACAUCCAACUCCCGUCUCUGGUUGAACUAGCUCUUGCUAUUAGUAGUGAGGAUUACACUACAAUGAGUUUAUGUUUAGAAGCCUAUGUCAGCUACCUCCAUCAGUACAUUGGUGGGGAUAUGGGUGAAAGUACUGCUCCCUAUGAUCCGGUCUUCUUUGCUAUUCACGCUUUUAUUGAUAAACUAUACUGGGAUUGGCAACAGCAAGGUAACAACAAGUUUAAAUUCCCAGCAGCUUACGGUAAGAUACCAAUGGUGCCAUUCAAUGUUCAACCUAGUGGUGUCCUUGACUCGGAGAAUGACCUCUGUGUGACCUAUGCCUUGACCUCCAGAGGCCAUCCUUGUAAUAGAACAGAUGAUGUACGAGAGGACACAGAAGAUAGAGGUGACAUUCCAGCUAAUACAGUAGAUAGAUACAAUUCUUACUAUGAUGUACAGGGAUUUGAUAGAAGUGGAUUUAACAGGAAUGGUUACCAUAGAUCUGGCUACAAUAGAGAUGGUUACAACUUGGAUGGAUAUAAUCGUCAAGGAUACGAUCGCUAUGGUUACAAUGUCAAAGGUUAUUCUAUAAAUGACUACAACAGAAAUGGAUAUGAUGUCAAUGGUAAUCCAGACACAUCUGGUCGCUAUAGUGAUGAUGGCUUUAAUGACUUUUGUUCUAACAGGCUAGGUUUGAGCAGAGAAGGUUAUGAUAAGUAUGGUUUCACUGUUAGUGGUUAUGACAUAAGACAUUGUAACUACUUAUUUAAUGGACCCUUUGCUGCACUACAGUCAUAUAGAAUAUGGGAGAUACUAUCAUCACAGGACAAGGGAUUUCUGAUGUCAGUACCAAGGACAUGUCCACGACUAAAUACAGUAACACCAGAAUGGGCAAGUCACUUUUGGAUGGGACAAAUCAAGGAUGUAACAUCUAUGGUACCAGUGCAGACACCAGUUUCACCUCUGACCUUACCCUCCUCCAGGUUUUGUUUUGAUACGACCUCAUUCCUAUCGUUAUGUACCUGUGACAGUAUAGCCAGGUGUACAGAGAACCCAUGCCAGACCACCUCAUGUCCAUCCUACCCUGAGGCUGUAUGUUAUAUUGAUUUCUGUAGGGAAUGUAAAGCUGUAUGGUACCUAGACGGGAGGAGGGCGAAUUGUAAGGAAGAAAGAGGUAGGUACUAA